AUGGGUCCUGGUGACUCGCCAUACUCGGGAGGCGUCUUCUUCCUGACCAUCCACUUCCCUACCGAUUAUCCGUUUAAGCCACCCAAGGUCAACUUUACCACUCGUAUCUACCACCCCAACAUCAACUCGAAUGGCAGUAUCUGUCUUGACAUUCUGCGAGACCAGUGGAGCCCCGCUCUUACAAUCUCUAAAGUGCUGCUUUCGAUCUGCUCAAUGCUCACAGACCCUAACCCGGACGACCCGUUGGUGCCUGAGAUCGCUCACGUCUACAAGACCGACCGCCCUCGGUACGAAGCGACGGCCCGUGAAUGGACACGCAAAUACGCUAUUUGA